CGAGGAAAUCUCCAAACGCGUCUUGCGACCACAAUAUCCCCACAAUCAAUCCCAGCUCGACGCCCUUCGUAGUCUUUCAUCCUCGCAUAUCCACAAUGUCUUCUCCCGAGGCUCGACCCGGUGGCGAGCCGGUCACAGAAAAGAAGAAGCCCGCAGGACCGCCAGCCCAGAAACUUGAUUCUGUAUACUACACUUGGAGCAACAUGUUUUCGAUCCUUGCCGGACGGAUGACGCAAGCGCGGGACGUAGAGCUAGAGCGGAAAUACUUCGAAGAGCAAGACGAGAUAAAAGCGGAAUCUCUAUGUCGGCGUUGCGAAAAACAGCGAGAUUUCCUCCUCCAAUAUAGCCCGAUAGUAAAAUUCAUGAAAGACGAAGUCUCUAAGCUCGGUGGCGACCUCAAUUCCAAAAACAUCCAAUGCCGCAUCUGCACAGCGUCACAAUCCGGCGGCUUCCACAUCGACCACGGCAUCAUGCUGUGCGCCAACAAUUUCAGAAAUCGGGGGCAUCAGGAAGAUACGAUGGCGCAUGAGAUGGUGCAUGCGUGGGAUCAUUUGAAGUGGAAGGUGGAUGAGGGGAAUUUGAGACAUCAGGCCUGUUUAGAGAUCCGCGCAUCGACAUUAAGCGGAGAAUGUCGUUUCACGCGCGAGUUCUUCACUCGAGACCAGUGGCGAAUAACAGAGCAACUUCAACGUUGUGUCAGGCGGCGAGCAACGAUAUCCAUGCUGGCAAGACCGGGGAUCAAGGACGAUGUGCAUGCUGCCAAGGUCGUGAAUGAGGUCUGGGAGAGCUGUUUCAAUGAUACAAGACCGUUCGAUGAGAUAUAUCGGUAA